AUGCACACCGGCGGCGACGUCAGCAGUUGGACUGCCUCGCUGCUCAAGACCAUUAGCGGAAUACUUAACCAAACUACCAUCAAGUUCUUCUGCCAGGAGGGGAAUGACACGUUUCCGCUUCUGGACGAGGCUGUGAAGUUACUCUCCAGCAGCGACAGCAUGAAGCGCGCGCACGCAAUGACCAUCAUGCUCAACAUAUUGCGACUGAACGACCCAUCUGUUACGCGAUAUCUGCUGGACAAAUCGCAUAUACUGACCCAAUUGGCCUUGUACCUGAGAUACAGCUGGCGGCGGCUCAACAGACAUGUGAAGAACGCCACGUUCGCGACGAUCGGCCAGACCGAAUCCAUCCUACUCACACAAUGCGACGAUGUUUUCCAGUUCCUUUUGGACAUAAUGGACCUCGGGAACACCGACAUCAACGAGGCUCUUCUUCGACGGUUGUUCACCACAUGCUUCUUUCCGCUUUGGUGCUCACUGUUGCGUGGACGCGAAGCCGACGUCUCGCUGCUGGAUGUUGUAGACGUCCCCAAAGUGCCACAAUGCGGCUUCUACAGGUCCGCAUACCAACACGUGCUUACACAGAAUGGACUUCUGGGAGUCUAUGCCACCAACAAAAGUGACCUGUUCGCCGGCACCGUCAUGCGUCUUGAAGCGGACGGGGAGGCAGUGGACAAAUCGGGUGCCUCCGAUGGCGAUAACAAAUCGCAGGGCGGCGAGUCAGCAUCCUCCACGUCGACGCCAAGGUCCAUGGCGGAUUUCCAGAACCUGAACAUCCCAGCGGUGUUGCUGGCGAACGAGCUGCUACCAAACGUGGCUUACUACCUUCUGGUAACCCAUUUGGCGUCAGCGAGGAGGGACGACGUGCGCCGAUACUUUCUGUUGCUAACGUUGUGCCCGUUCAUCCCACGGGACGUCAUGGAGCAUAUCGCGCUUUUCAACGUCACCAACAGCAACGGGGACAAAGCCGCCGAAGCCUCAGGGGAUGACAAGACGGCGGACGACAAUGCGGCGAUGGUGUUCAACAGCAUCAACGCAUGGGAGCGGCACGUCUACGGCCCUCAUUCCGUCCAUCUGCGCGAGGGGAGUAAUAAGAAGGAUUGGAGUAUCCCAGACAACUACGUUCCGAACAUGGUGAUGGGCGAAUUCGUGCGCAUCGGCAUCUGCUGCGUGGCCAAGAACGACAGCCGGCUGUCGAUGCUGAUGGCCCUGAUUCACAGCCUGCAGAAUUCGUUCAUGAAGCAGGCGCCCAACCCCGAGAUUGCGGACGAUUUACCAUUCGAACAAUUUAUCGCCGUUCCGAGCACCUCCCAGGGGCUGCACAUAGUGGUCCAGGGGAUCAACUCCGUCGCCAAGCAUCUCAGCUGCCCGACGUUGCGGAUCCAGACGCUCAGCGUCGCGCUCUCCAUUGCAAUAAACAGCAUCGACAUCAUCAACAUGUACAACCGGCGUGAGAUCAUGUCGAUGGUGGAAGAGAUCCGGUUCCACCUGGACACGGGGUUCAACGAGCUGGUGCUGCUGAUCAACAGCGAGCUCGAGCACUGCACCCCACUCCACAUUUCGAUAUUCUACGACGAGUGGCUGCGGAUGGAGGCUGGCAUAACGCGGCGAGUGGACAUUCUGGAGUAUCCGCAUAUUCUGCUCGAUCCCGACCGCAGCGGGUCGCUGAGGCGCAGGCUAAGAAGGAGUGACAAGACAUUCAAUAGGUCGACGUCAGAGCCUCCAAUAGCUGUAAGCACCAAAGGCGGCGCGUCCCAGUCAAAGGAGUACAUGACGGCAGCAGGAGCCGUUAGGAGUAUAUACCCGGACGUGCUCAACGAAGUCAUCACCCCUCGCACGCCUAUUGGCAUGUGGCUCUUCGGGGACUGGCACGACCGCAAAUCCGCGGCCGAACGCCAACCGAACCACCAUAACAAGCAGGACGCCAUCGCAGAGUCGCGACUGGUCAGGGCUCAGAAGUAUGACACCUGGGAGGUGAUGCUGGAGCCGCUGCAACUGUACCGCCGGCACCUGCAGGUCGCCUGCCUUGUCAAGGACACGCUGGAAGAACUCGGAUCUACUGUUCUGACGCGAGGAAGGACGACACUUCCGGCCAAGUGGCGGCGAAGUACCGCGUACGACCGGUGCCCGCUGCUAAAGGAGGAGCAAAUCGCAAUAAACGGCACCCCCGUCACUCUCGGCGCCCUCAUCUCCCUCGAUAAGGUGCGCAAGUAUCCUUGUGUCAUGGUCCUCGAGGCGGAGAAAAAGCGCCGGUUCGUUGUAUGCAACGACGCCUUCUUCCUGCUGGUGCGCGAAAAGCCGCACACCUCUCUAUACGAAGCAACAUGUAUCCACCCGCUUUGGAACGUGGAGAUAAGGAAGUUUGACGUGGCGUCACGCACGUGCUCAGUUGUCAUCAUGUGGUACCCCGAGUCCAAGGAAUCGCCCCGGGAGGGCCACUCGUACUGCGAGCCGCUGCGCGCCUACAGCGUAACCGCCUUCGACAUAGUGUUCAACACCGAGGAGGACACGGUGGAAUACGCAAGGAGGUUCAACAUUGCAAUGGCGCAGUUGACGGCAGCGUGUUCGUCUGCGAUACGCAACUACCUCGUGCCAUGCAACCAGGCCACGAAUAAACCCAUGACAUCUCUACAUUAA